ACACAAAGCCUCGUCUACUCUUUUCUCUCCGAAACCUCCGAAUUAGGGCUCUCUUGGGAGCGGGAAGAACUCACCGGCCCUUAAAACCCUAGGGGGCGCGCCAUAUUGUCCGACGAAGAAGAAGAUGCCUGGUCCGACCUUAGAGAUGGAGCGAGUAGAGCCACAGUCGCUGAAAAAGCUCAGUUCCAAAUCCCUCAAGCGAGCUCUCGAUCUCUUCCCUCCCCUCCAUUCCCAAUUACCUCCUCCCGAUCCUGAGAGUAAAAAAAUUCGCAUGAGCCACAAGAUAAGCGUUGAGUAUGGGGGAAUUGUACCCACUGCUAGUCAGAAACCCACUCGCACUGCCGAUUCUGGUGCUCCCAGUCGUGGACCAGCGGGGCCUUCGAAUGCUCUUGCCCUUCCAGACUCUAGAAAUGUAAAGACGGAAGCAGGUCAAAAUGCUUUGGUGGUUGGUCCAUCUGCACCAAAGGAACCGAAUCAUAUUGGAAUUUCGGGUAAAGGCACUAUAGUUGUUACUGCUCCAGGAUCAUAUGAAAGGAACCCAUCAACAUCAGCUAUAAUGGAAAGAAUUUCCAGUAGAUGGCCGCGUCCUGAGUGGCAUGCUCCCUGGAAGAUUUACAGGGUUAUCAGCGGCCACUUGGGAUGGGUACGCUCUAUUGCUUUUGAUCCAAGUAAUAAGUGGUUUUGUACAGGCUCUGCUGAUCGAACAAUAAAGAUAUGGGAUGUAGGAACUGGACAACUACAGCUUACACUGACAGGACAUAUUGAGCAAAUACGAGGCCUUGCUGUUAGCAGCAGGCAUACCUAUAUGUUCUCUGCUGGUGAUGACAAACAAGUCAAAUGCUGGGACCUUGAGCAGAACAAGGUUAUCCGUUCAUACCAUGGUCAUCUAAGUGGUGUUUACUGCUUGGCCAUUCAUCCCACUCUCGAUAUUUUACUUACUGGGGGACGUGAUUCAGUAUGCCGGGUCUGGGAUAUUCGUAGCAAGAUGCAAGCUCAUGCAUUGUCCGGGCAUGAUAACACAGUUUGCUCAGUUUUUACUCGGCCCACGGAUCCACAAGUUGUUACUGGCUCCCACGACUCAACCAUUAAGUUCUGGGACCUUCGAUAUGGAAAAACAAUGUCAACUAUCACCCACCAUAAGAAAUCUGUACGUGCAAUUGCACAACAUCCUAAAGAGCAUGCUUUUGCAUCAGCAUCAGCCGACAACAUUAAGAAAUUCAGCCUUCCAAGAGGGGAAUUUUUACACAACAUGCUCUCUCAGCAGAAGACCAUAAUUAAUGCUAUGGCUAUCAAUGAGGAGGGAGUUAUGGCCACUGGAGGUGACAACGGGAGCUUGUGGUUUUGGGAUUGGAAGAGUGGUCACAAUUAUCAACAAUCACAAACAAUCGUACAGCCUGGUUCACUGGAUAGUGAAGCUGGUAUUUAUGCACUGUCCUAUGAUGUUACUGGUACAAGGCUCGUUAGUUGUGAAGCUGACAAGACGAUCAAAAUGUGGAAACAAGAUGAAAAUGCCACUCCAGAAACUCAUCCUCUCAACUUCAAGCCCCCUAAAGAUAUCAGACGGUUCUAGUGAUUCUAGCAUCUAUCCUCUGCUGUUGCUUGGCUUGUUUACGAUAAUGGACAGCACCAGCAUUCAUAUUUCUUACUUUGAGAGGCUAGUAAGAAUUGACAACCACCAAGAGAAAAGGAGGGCCGGUAGCGACUGCUCCUUUUUGACAUGUACUAAUGUUUCAUGGUUCUAAUCAAAAUGUGAUAUUCAUAGCUAUGAGAUAGAAAUUUUGUUGUAUUAUGUUACAUAAAGUUGAAUGUAUUUCAAGGAAAUGGCUGAAUUUGGAUUCAGAAUGAAUAAUUGAGAAGGACUACAGUUUUGCUG